AUGUCGUCGUCGGCGGAGAACGAUCCCACGGUGACGGUGACCGAGCGCAGCAAGGACAAGCACGAGGACGGCGACAAGGAGCAGGGCGGCGGCGGCGGCGGCUUCAUCGAAAAGGUGAAGGACUUCAUCCACGACAUCGGCGAGAAGAUCGAGGAGGCGGUCGGGUUCGGCAAGCCCACAGCCGACGUGUGCGGCAUCCACAUCCCGCACAUCAGCCUCCACCGCGCCGACCUCGUCGUGGACGUGCUCAUCAAGAACCCCAACCCGGUGCCCAUCCCGCUCGUCGACAUCGACUACCUCAUCGACAGCGACGGCCGCAAGCUCGUGUCCGGCCUCAUCCCGGACGCCGGCACCAUCCACGCGCACGGCCAGGAGACCGUCAAGAUCCCCGUCUCGCUCGUCUUCGACGACAUCAAGAGCACCUACAAGGACAUCCAGCCGGGCAGCAUCAUCCCUUACCUCGUCCGCGUCGUGCUCCUCGUCGACGUCCCCAUCAUCGGCCGCAUCAAGAUCCCGAUCCAGAAGGACGGCGAGAUCCCCGUCCCGUACAAGCCCGACGUCGACGUCGAGAAGAUCAAGUUCCACCACUUCUCCUUCGAGGAGACCACCGCCACGCUCCACCUCAAGCUCGAGAACAAGAACGACUUCGACCUCGGUCUCAACCUGCUCGAGUACGAGAUGUGGCUCGGCGACGACAGCAUCGCCUCUGCUGAGCUCACCCAGACCGCCAAGAUCGAGAAGCAGGGGAUCACCAGGAUGCAGGGAAAGGGCACGGGAUACACCAUCAAGGGCAAGAUUGAUGUCGACACUCCCUUCGGCAACAUGAAGCUGCCCAUAAGCAAAGAGGGUGGAACCACCCGCAUCAAGAAGGACGACGACGAUGAUGACGAUGAUGACAACUGA